AUGGAGAAAGCGCUGAAGAUGGACGGGCAGUUUUUCGAGGGUCGCACGAUUAAGGUCAAGCGCGCGACCGCUCAGAAUCACAAUAAAAAAGAUGAUAAGAACGUCGACAAGCAUGCAGCACGGCAGAGGAAGGAUCAGCUUACUGUGUUUAUUGGUGGUCUUCCGUUUGGCACUGAUCUAGUCGCUCUCAAGAAGGAUUUCGAGGAGUGCGGUGAGGUUGAGUCCAUCCGCACUUUGAAUGACGACGCUGGCAAGUUCAAGGGCACAGCGUUUGUCGUGUACAAGUCGAGUGAAGCAGUCACGAAAGCCCUUGAGUGGCAUGGGGCCGACUACGGAGGGCGCAAAAUCAUAGUGCGCAGAGCCGGCGAGGGCGUCAAAGGGGAUGGCAAGGGGAAAGGCGCUGGUUGGAACACCGACCACGACCGCACCGUCUUCGUGGGCUCACUGUCCCAGGAGCUGGGGGCGGAGCAGCUGGAGAGUCGGACUUCGCAGAGUGCGGCCCCAUCGACAAGGUCAGGAUUGUCAAGGACAGCUCGGGCCAGUCCAAGGGUGCUGCCUUCAUCGUCUUCAAGUCGGCCAGCGGCGCGAAGCGAGCGCUGGAGUGGGACGGCGAGUACUAUGGAGACCGCAAGGUCAAGGUGUCGAUGGCGCAGGUCAAGGAUAAGGGCGACGGCAAGGGCAAGUCAUAGGUCCUGCGCCUGUGCGGCACGGACGUCUUUGGCCCACGUGGCAGCUGCAGAGAGCGGGGGUCGGAGGUCGCGUCGCGUUCACUCCGCGUGCGCUCCCGCCUGGACGCCAGAGCCUCUGCCCCGCGCAGCGCCGCGGCGGAGCGCGGCCACGGCUGCGGCUGCGGGUCGCAGUGCACUGGCGGAAGGAUUCGCCUGCAGCGCCGCUGGAGAAGCAAGAGGACCGCGCAGAGCUCCCAGUGCCCAAGUUCAGAGCCAGUGUAAGCAGAAGUCUGGUCUCGCUCGCUGCCGCUGCACUGCGCACGGCAUCCAGCUGCGAACGGAUCCACGAGGCAUUUGCGUUUCGGAUUGUCCUCGGUGA